ACGCCGCUUGCCGUAGACGCGGUGAAGCCUGGGUAGGACACUGAAAGCGGCGGGAGAGCGGCACAUCUAUCCUCAAAUUUAACAAAACCUAGUUAUACUGCACAUUACUACAAGUGAGUAGUGUGCAUUUAGGUGUAAUUUAGGGUUACGUUUGGUUAAAAUCAAAGGUGUUUGACAGGUAAUGCUGUUAACUGCCUGUGUCGUUGUACUGUUGCUUUGAAGCAUUCCCCGGGAAACUGGUUUGAACGUUUUGUUUUUGGUUAGCCUCUUUUCUGGGUCUUUUUUUUUUUUUUUUUUUUGUGUGUAGCUCUUCAGCAACAAUGGCGAAGGUACAGGUGUUGAAUGUGGCUGUCCUAGACAACCCGAGUCCUUUCGGAAACCCUUUUCAGUUUGAAAUAACGUUUGAGUGUAUGGAGGACCUCCCCGAAGACCUUGAAUGGAAGAUCAUCUACGUUGGCUCAGCAGAGAGUGAAGAGUAUGACCAAGUCCUCGACUCUGUCUUGGUUGGUCCAGUACCUGCUGGGAGACAUAUGUUUGUGUUUCAGGCUGAUGCCCCAAACACUGGAUUGAUUCCUGAAAGUGAUGCUGUUGGUGUAACUGUGGUGCUGAUCACCUGCACGUAUCGUGGCCAGGAGUUCAUUCGUAUUGGUUAUUAUGUGAACAAUGAGUACACAGACCCAGAGCUUCGAGAAAAUCCACCGAUCAAGCCAGACUACACACAGCUCCAGAGAAAUAUUCUGGCAUCAAACCCACGUGUUACCAGAUUCCAUAUAAACUGGGAAGGCUGUGCGGAGAGAAUGGAAGACUCUGAAAAUGUCGAUCCCACGUCAAACUCCAUGCUCCCUCCAUCCUGUCUCCCAGGCAAGGCCCCGCCGUUGGGGUCACAACCAGAUAACUCUAUGGACUGCUUAUAGAAUCAACCCCCGCCCCCAAAAGGUGAUGACUCGCCGCACAAGACCUUAUUUUGGAAGAAUGCCUGUGGACAUUCUAGCGUGGAUGUACAGACAUCUUUGCCUUACAGUCGUUAUUUAACUGAAGCUAAGUCAAAAGUGAACUCUCUCCUUGGUCUUCUGAUGAGUGUUUGUUUAGAGGAGGAUUAAGAACCAAUUACCACCAGAAUAAUCGUCACUUAUAGAUGGGAGUUCCUCACCAUGAUGUGGAAGGCAGUAUUGAAGUAGUUUAACUCACAGAAGGGAAAGCGGUAACUAUAAACAGAUACAGCUGAACUGAAGCAGAACGGAAAGCUGAUGUGUGAUUCACCUUCCUUCCUUAUGUUGGUUCAGAACUGUUUUUGUACCCAGGAUUUCAGCACUGAAGCAAGCAAUAGGCAAAUAAAUUCCAAUAUGUUGCUGUACAGGAAUUUGAUAAUCUGCCAUUAUGUUUGUGUUCAAAUUCCUUUUGCACUUAGGCUUAUUCCCACUUAUAUUUUUGAGUUGUUGUUUUUUUUUUUUUUUUUUGCAAUGUUGUGUUCCAAAUAAAAGAACAUUGUAUUUGUUA